AUGCUCGACAAUGGAAUCAAUAUAAAAACAAUAUCUAAUUCAUCCAAUGAUAUUGUUGACUUGAAACGUUCGGAAAGUGAAAAUGGAAUUGGAACUACUAAAGGUUCUUCUCCUCAACCAGCUAAAUAUGUUAGUUUAGCAGAAAAAAUCCAAGAACGUAUUUCAAAUCACGAACGAUGGUUUUCACUUGAGUUUUUUCCACCGACUACAUCAAAUGCAGCUGCCAAUCUUAUUGGAUGUGUUGAACGUAUGGCUCUGGCUCAACCAUUAUUUUGUGAUAUAACAUGGCGUUCAACUGGUGAUCCAGCUGGUAAUAAAGAAACAAGUUCAAUGAUGAUUGCUAAUACAAUGUUAAAUUAUUGUAAUAUCGAUACUAUGUUACAUAUAACAUGUUGUGGAACUAAAAAACCACAAAUGAUUCAAUAUCUUAAUCGUGCAAAAGAAGUUGGUAUUAGAAAUUUACUUGCAUUACGUGGAGAUCCACCCGUAGGAGAGCAAUGGGAUCCGGAUCAAACUGAUUUUCGAUAUGCAACUGAUUUAGUUAAAUUUAUCCGAGAAACGUUUGGUGAUUAUUUUGUCAUUUGUGUUGCAGGUUAUCCACAAGGACAUCCCGAUACCGAAUCAUAUGAAGAAGAUUUAGGUUAUCUCAAACAAAAAGUUGAUGCUGGAGCCGAUUUUAUUAUAACACAACUAUUUUUUCAAGCAGAAACCUUUCUUAAAUUUGAAGCUGAUUGCCGAGCUAUUGGAAUUACAUGUCCAAUUAUUCCUGGAAUAUUUCCCAUUCAAGGUCACGCAAGUUUUAGAAGUGUUAUUCGACUGGCUAAAUUGGAUGUACCUAAAGAAAUGCUUGAUUCUAUUGAAUCAAUGAGAGAUAAUGAUGAAGCCAUUCGUGAUUAUGGUGUUCAAGCCUGUAUUGAUCUUUGUCAAAAAUUACUAGACUCGGGUAAAGUUCUUGGCAUUCAUUUCUAUACAUUAAAUCGUGAAUAUGCAACGACGGAAAUUUUAAAAACACUUGGUAUCUGGUUAGAAGAAACUCCAUUGCGUGCUUUACCAUGGAAAAAAACCUCGCAAAGUCAUGCACGUUCACAAGAAAAUGUUCGUCCUAUAUUUUGGAGUCUCAGACCAAAAUCUUAUAUUCAUCGUACAACCGAUUGGAAUGAAUUUCCAAAUGGACGGUGGGGUUUUUCAUUUGCACCAUCAUUUGGUGCUUUAACUGAUUACCAUUUAUUUUAUAUGAAAAUGGAUGCAUCACAUGAUGCAUUACUCGAUGAAUGGGGACACAGUUUAACAUCAGAAGAAGAUGUUUGGAAAAUGUUUGCUUGCUAUAUAAGCGGAGAAAAAAAUGUUCUAGGAAAAUCAGUUCGUCAUUUUCCAUGGAAAGAUGAGGAAGUUUCAUUGGAAACAAACUUAAUUCAAAGUCAAUUGGUUGAAUAUAAUAGAAAAGGAAUUUUAACAAUUAAUUCCCAGCCACCCGUCAAUGGAAAACCAAGUAGUGAUCCCAUUGUCGGUUGGGGUGUACCAAAUGGCUAUGUAUAUCAAAAGGCUUAUUUGGAAUUUUUUACAAGUGCUAGCAAUAUUCCGGCUUUACGUGCUGUAUUGAAAGAUUUCCCUAAUAUUAAUUAUCAUUUUGUCAAUAAAUCAGGUGAAGUUAAUGAAACAAAUGCCGAUGGUGAACAAGCAACUGCACUCACAUGGGGUGUUUUUCCUGGUAAAGAAAUUGUUCAACCUACCGUUGUCGAUCCAGUUAGCUUCAUGAUCUGGAAAGAUGAAGCUUUCAGCUUAUGGAUGGAACGUUGGGGCAAAUUAUAUGAACCUGGAUCACCUUCAUACUCAAUUAUUGAAGAAGUCUCAAAUACUUAUUUUCUUGUUAAUUUAGUCGAUAAUGAUUAUCCUCAAGGUUCUUGUCUUUGGAAAGUUUUAGACGCGAUGUUAGAAUAUCAAAAAUCAACAAACCAAGAUGUAAAAUCUUGA